GACGGGGAGGCGGGCAGGGGCGCGGCAGGAGAGUUCGCGGAAGUGCCGCUUGUAGGAGGUCUCCAUGGGGUCACUAGGAAAUCAGGAAUCGCUGACUCUGGAGGACGUGGCCGUGGACUUCUCCCGGGAGGAGUGGCAGCUCCUGGCCCCCGCCCAGAAGGACCUGUACCGGGACGUGAUGCUGGAGAACUACAGGAACCUGGUGUCGCUGGGCUAUGUGGCCAGCAAGCCAGAGGCGCUCUCCAGACUGGAACCGGGGGGAGUGUGGAUGACAGAAGGUGAAACCCACCAUCGAAUCUGUCCAGAGAUCAAGAAAGAUGGUGGUCAUCUGCAGGGACACGUGCAAAAUCAAAGCUGUCCAAAGAGAAUGAAACAAUGCCAUGAACAUAAUACAUUUGGAAACAUCAUUCAUCAGAAUAAAAGUAAUUUUUCUUUAAGGCAAAGUCAUGAUAUCUUUGACUUACAUGGGAAAACACGGAAGUCAAAUUUCAGUUCAGUUAACCAGACCAGAAGCUACGAAGCAAAGAACCUGACCGAGGUUAAUGGAGAUAUGAAAUCCUUCUCCCAUACAAAGCAUGACCAGUAUGGUAUUGAAAUUAAAUUACCUGAUUGUGGAAAUUCUGUGAGCACAAAUUCCCAGUUCAUCAAGCAUCAGAGAACUCAUAAGACGGAGAAACCCCAUGUGUGUAGUGAGUGUGGCAAAGGCUUCUUCAAGAAGUCUCGGCUCACAGAUCAUCAGAGAGUUCACACAGGAGAGAAGCCUCACGGAUGCAGCAUGUGCGGGAAAGCUUUUUCCAGAAAGUCCAGGCUCACUGAACAUCAGAAAACUCACAUAAGAGAGACGCGGUACGAAUGCACGGAGUGUGACAGAGCAUUCCCCAAGAAAUCACAGCUCCUCGUGCAUCAGAAGACACAUACAGGAGAGAAGCCCUGUGUAUGCAGUGAGUGCGGAAAAGGCUUCUUCAAGAAGUCUCGGCUCAUUAAUCACCAGAGAGUUCACACAGGUGAGAAGCCCCAUGGAUGCAGUCUGUGCGACAAGGCAUUUUCCAGGAAGUCCAGGCUCAUCGAGCACCAGAGAACCCACACGGGAGAAAAACCUUACGAAUGUACCGAAUGUGACAAAACGUUCCGCUGGAAGUCACAGCUCAAUGCCCAUCAGAAGACUCACACAGGAGAGAAACCAUAUAUAUGCAGUGACUGUGGGAAAGGCUUCAUUCAGAAGGGUAAUCUCAUUGUACAUCAGCGGACGCACACUGGGGAGAAACCUUACAUAUGCAGCGACUGUGGGAAAGGCUUCAUUCAGAAGGGCAAUCUCCUUAAACAUCAACGAAUUCACACUGGCGAGAAACCCUAUGUGUGCACCGACUGUGGGAAAGGCUUCAGACAGAAGACCUGCCUCAUAUCCCAUCAGCGAUUUCACACCGGGAAGACUCCCUUUGUGUGUACCGAGUGUGGAAAAUCCUGUUCCCACAAGUCCGGUCUCAUUAACCACCGGAGAAUUCACACAGGAGAGAAACCCUAUCCCUGCAGUGAGUGCGGGAAGGCCUUUAGAGAUAAGUCGUGCCUCAAUCGACACCGGAGAAUUCACACAGGAGAGAGACCCUACGGAUGCACUGACUGCGGGAAGGCUUUCUCCCACCUGUCGUGCCUCGUUUACCAUAAGGGAAUGUUGCAUGCAAGAGAGAAAGGCACACGUCCGGUCGUGGUGGGGAAUCCUUUCUUAGAGAGCCACAGCUCAUCACAUCCAAGGGAUUACAUGCAGGAGAAAAACCCUGUUAAUAAGGUGUCCAGACAAAUGCCUUCCGCAGCAGCUCAGACAUUACACGUCCAUGAGCUCCUAGCAGAUAGGAACACAGCCACAGUCGGACAGCCAGAUGCUAGUUUUCCACCAUCAGCAGGUGACCGAGUUUGCACAGCGACACCUUUUGAAUGCAGUGAAUGUGGCGAUGCCUUCACCGAUCAGUUGCAUCAUAGUUUAUGUCCCAAAAAGCACACAGGAAUACAGUGUGAUACAAUCAAGGUGGAAAACCCUUGACUAAAACCUUCCAGGUCAGUGUGUGGCUGGCAAGCGUAUACUGAGACACAGUGUAAAGACCAGGGAUAGUCUAACAACAAAUAGGAUAAAGAGCGAGAAAGCCUCUGUGGAAAGAUAGACACCCCCCCCCCCGGGUGUCUCACGGGUCCCCUAUCAGCAGGGAGUUUAUAGCUGGGAGAAAGAACUGCAGUGACCGUGGGAAAGUUCUUCCCCAGAAAGAGGACCUUACUAGGUGCCAGAGGGCUCCCGCAGGAGAGAAGCUAUUGGAAGAGCUUUGAAGGCAGUGAAUGCGGCAGGACUGAUGAUGAAGCAUCCUCACCUAACCGGGGAAAUCCUACAGAAAACAGGACCCUGCACACAAUAACUGUGGAACGUCUUCAGCAAAAUAUCAGCAAACACAUCAAGUGAAUAAGCCCUGUGAAAGUGACUAUUUCAGAGAUUUCUGCCAGAAGUCUGACCUCAUUUCACAUCAGAUAAUGUGUAUAAUGUCCAUUUUAGGACAAUAUACCUUGCAUCAGAUUCCUAAUUGAUAUGACGGAGGCUCCUUAACUCAAAGGAGGUGGUGUGUGCUGCCCAUCAGUGGUUUGAAUUAUAACAGUGCACCCACUUUUCUAGGGGGCAUGAAUCUUUCAUUCCGACCCAGGAUCGUUAUUUGGUUAGCUCUUGUAUUUCUUUGGUUCCACAUUGAUUCAGUUUAUUUUAGACUGCUGAAGUCCUUCAAAUGGAAGCUGAAUACAUUUAAUUCAGUAAUGUACUGUGGUAUAUUUGGAUAUGUUUGACUUUUUAAGUAUCCCUUAAAGGAACAACUACUCAGGACUCCUGAAUAACCUGUCUGCCAAGUUCUUUGCCUAGAAGACAGUUCCCAUCCGGUACACACACCUCUUUGAAAACCUUUCAUUAGCUAGUUCCUUUACUUGGUAAAGCUACAGGUGCUGACAGUAGUGAACUAAAACAAGAGUCCUUGCUGCCUUUGAA